AUGAUUGAGCAGCUUUUUCCCGUCGAGAAGUCAACCGUUGACCUCACUGCAUCCAACUUCCAAGCGAAUCGUCAAGCAUGGGAGCCGGUUUUGCAAGAAUUUGACAGUUAUCUGAAAGAUGUGUCCUCGGAAGGGGAUGAGGCUUCCACAUUGAGACACCAAACGAGACACCAACUGCUGCCGAUACGAUCUCAGCAAGGCAAACCUUCGUGUGCCAUUGUCUUUGGCUCCUCAACUGCUGGAGGCGCCUAUCAUCCUGCGCUUUCUGAUUACACCAUUUUCGUGGAGAAUCAGGCUCAAGUGUUUCUGGGAGGACCUCCACUAGUGAAGAUGGCCACUUCCGAGGUGGUCACUGCCGAAGAGCUGGGCGGGGCCAAGAUUCAUGCAUCAACAACCGGACUGGCUGAUCAGAUCGCGAUGGACGAGUUUGAUGCUAUUCAGAAAGCUCGCGAAUGGGUUGCAACACUUCGCACCCCGGAGCCCAGUCGCCUACUCCCCAAUACGUCAGACCCUGUACCUCCUCGGUAUUCUAUCGAUGAUCUCCUCUAUCUGUUGAACACCGACAUUCGUAAACCAUUCGACAUGCGCGAGGUGUUGCUCCGACUUGUUGAUGACUCCAGAAUGGCUAUCUUCAAGCCGAGCUACGGAACGAAUAUGCUGACGGCUUGGGCGGACAUCCUCGGGUUUCGUGCUGGCAUUGUGGCGAACCAGACUCCUGUGAUCCAUCCACACGAGGCCCUCAAAGCCGCGCAGUUUAUUCGGCUUUGCAACCAGGACAUCAUCCUUGGAGCAUCUUACGGAGCCGGCAACUACGCCAUGUGCGGCCGAUCAUACUGCCCAAGAUUCCUCUUCACGUGGCCGACGGGGCGAUGCAGUGUCAUGGGCCCAGAUCAGCUUGCAGGUGUUGUAGAAACCAUCAGAACCAAGUCAAAUGGCGGUAGCAAGCUCUCCCCAGAGCAGAUCAAAGCCCAGGCAGCGCAGUUACGGGAGGAUGCGUACAGAGAUUCGACGAGCUAUGCAACCAGCUCGAUGCUUAUCGAUGAUGGUAUCAUUGACCCGAGGGACACUCGUGAUACUGUGAGAAUCGUCGAGGUUGGGCCUCGUGACGGCCUUCAAAAUAUCAAGACGGUGGUGGAUACGUCGACGAAGCUGGAACUCAUCCAAAGAUUACAGGAUGCAGGACUCCAGAAUGUCGAAAUCACGUCUGUCGUUUCACCAAAGGCCAUACCGCAACUUGCAGAUUGCCGCAAAAUACUUUCCGCCCCUGUUGUGAAGAGGUGGCAACAAACCAAUGGUACACUGCGUAUGCCAGUUUUGGUUCCGAACACCAAAGGCUUACGCAUCGCCCUCGAACAUGGUGUUAGGGAAGUGGCUGUCUUCGUCAGUGCGACAGAAGGCUUCAGUCGAGCAAACAUCAACUGCACUGUCGAUGAGAGCUUGGAGCGUGCCAAGCAGGUGGCCUCGGUGGCCAGUGCAGCCGGGGUGCUUGUGAGGGGAUACGUCUCUUGCAUCUUUGCCGACCCUUUCGACGGUCCUACUCCUUUACCUGCAGUCUCCCGCGCUGUGCGAAGCUUACUCGAUAUGGGCUGCUACGAAGUCAGCCUUGGAGAUACUUUGGGUGUCGGAACACCACCAGACGUUCGACGGCUACUUGAAUAUCUCAAGGCUCAGAACAUCCAUACCGAGAGAUUAGCUGGCCACUUCCACGAUACCUACGGGCAAGCUCUAGCCAAUGUGUGGACGGCGUACGAAUGCGGUCUACGAACCUUUGAUAGCAGCGUUGGCGGCCUAGGCGGUUGCCCUUUUGCACCAGGUGCUAAGGGUAAUGUGGCUACGGAAGAUGUUGUAUAUUUGUUUCAGCAAGCUGGGGUUGAUACCGGUGUAGACCUCCAGCAAGUAGUUGACAUCGGGGUUUGGAUCUCCCAGGCCCUAGCGAAACCCAACGACAGCCGGGCUGGAGCGGCUCUCGCCAGCAAAUCGAAGAUCUCAUCAACAAAAUCAUCGAAGAUCACCGAUCGGCCAAAGGAGGCGUUGGAGUGGUCAAUCUUGGAACAGUCUGACAACGUUGUCGUUCGGCGGGCUGGAGCGAACGGUAAUAUCGUUCUCAACAAGCCUCGAAACGGAAAUACCCUCACUUUUCCGAUGAUAUCCGAGAUCAUCCAGGCAUUCAAGUCAUUUGAGAGCGACGCCUCAAUAUCUCGUGUUCUUAUUAGCGCAAAUGGCAAAUUCUUCUGCACUGGGAUGGACCUGAGCCAGGCCGCACAGGCAGUCGGCCGGGGCGGUGACGCAAGUUCGAAGCUGUUCCAGGCAUUGACAGACUUAUUCGAGCUCAUCGACAACUCUCCAAAGGUCACGGUCGCCUGCAUACAAGGGCCGGCUUUCGGCGGUGGCAUUGGAUUAGCAUUUUCUUGCGACAUCAGGAUUUCCAUCAGCUCGGCAAGCUUCACAUUGUCUGAGGCCAAACUUGGCAUGUGUCCUGCCGUAAUUUCGAGAUACGUCAUCAGGGAAUGGGGAUUUGGACUCUCGAGGGAAGCCAUGCUCACAGCACGGUCUCUGACAGCUUCCGAGUUGAAGUCUGCUGGCGCCAUCUCGAUGGUUGCUGAGACGCCUUCGGAACUGGACAUCAUAACGAAAACCCUCCUCACGCAACUUCGACACUCGUCGCCCGGGGGUUCAAGCAUGUCGAAAGAAUUAGUCAAGUUAAGUUGGAGGCACGCGGGAAUGCCAGAGCAGCGGGACGGGAUUUCCAGGCUUUUCAAGACCAUGAUGGAGCCUGACUCUGAUGCCGUCCAUGGGAUAGCAGAAUUCCAGCAGAAGCCCCGCGGAAUCAUCCAUAACGAGGCCAGAGAGAAGUCCGGAGUCGAGGUCACCACCAGCCACCGCAGGCAUCAAACGCAUCCGCCAGGCCUGUACCAGUUGCCGGUAGAGUUCCAAGCCCUUCAUCCCUUCUUUGGCGGAGGCCCUGUCAAAGGCCAAACGGACCUUCUACAGAGAAUUUCUAUGAUUGAAAGCAAAUUAGCUCAGUUGAGCGACCGCGAAUCUCAAGAAUUCAGUUCCGCCGCUUUCAACGAGGCCAAUAUGCCUAUGGAAGACCACAAUACUGUGGAAGAGCAGCCUCAAUUCCAAUCAAAUGAACACGAAGAUGUUUUAGGCGUUCCUGAUUUGGUCAACCAAUCAUCACCCAACAUGUCAACUACCUGGCGUUCAGGGAGCUCACAGUCCCAAUCCCAUGCCAUUGAAGCAUAUGCAAGAGAAGCAUGGUUAUCCGUUCUGGGCGAUCAUAUGACGGUGGAAGAUUCUUGCAACCUUGAGGUCGCCCAAGCCACCAAUAUCCUGGCCAUCAUUGACUUUACCGCCGGCCGAACCAGCUCCGCGUGGCUCAAGAUUGGGAUGGCGAUUCGGAUAGCUCAGGAUCUCCAACUGAUGAAGGAGCCCAGUGAAACUCUUCCUCUGGUGGAGCAGGAAGAAAGGCGGAGAUCCUUCUGGUCAAUCUACCUUCUCGACAAACUGGUCUCCCUCGGCAAACACAGACAUUUCGCCAUCUUGGACGAGGACUGCCAUGUGCGACUACCUUGCGACGAGCUGACAUUUCGUUCUGGCGGAUGGGGCCAGAAUGUGACGCUCCGUCAGCUUCUCGAUUGGAGCACCGAUGUUGGCGUUGAGAGUGGAUUCCCAGUUGCCAUCUUGGCAUCAUCCGUACUCGCUCGCUGCACACGAAGGCUUCUUCACGACCGCAAUACCGAUGAGACUCCCCCUUGGGACUCGAAAUCGGAGUUUGCAUCAAUCACAUCGCUCCUUCUCCUCGUCGAGUCCCGCCUCCACGUCGAUCAACAUCCCAUUAGGAAUGUUGUCGAUACUUACAGGCUUGAUGAUGGUGUCAUAGAUCACCCCGCAAUGGGCCAUGUCAUCUUUGCACGUACAGUAUUCCAUGUCUGCUACUGCCUUCUCUACCAUCCUUUCCUUGUGCGAGAGCAAGUUCGGAGGGUCAAGUGUCAAGUUCCAUCAAGUUUCAUGCGCCUCGCCUCACAGAAGAGCUAUGAACAUGCUCGGGAUCUGGUCAAUUUGUUGCACGAUGCAGAAGCAGUAGGGUGCCAUCUAGGUGCUUCAUUCUACGCAUAUUCAGCGUGCCUAGCUGGCAGCAUUCUCUCGCUUCACAUGCACACCGAGAAGGAUACCGAGAGCCAGCGUUACUUGGAACUACUGAGUGCAACCCAAGACAGCAUAUCAAUACUUGAAGGAAUGGCAAAGUUUUGGGAUCAUGCGUCCAAGAUUAUCGACGACAACCUGAUGAACUUUGAUACUCCUAACAUCAAGUAUCUUCUUGAGCUUGCUUCUGGCGGAGGGUAG